AUGUCUGAUAUUGAAGCACUACGGACAGAAUGGAGGACAUUAUAUUCCAAGACUCUCCCCCAGAUGGCGAAAGUGAGAGAUGCUGCUCAGCCUGUAUGGCCCGUGACCCUUGACCACUGCUUUGCCCGCAUCAUCCUCGACAGCGUAAUAGGCAACGGUCAACAACAAUGGGACGUGGUGAUCCAGAAACCAGCGAUAAGAAACAUGAACGAGCAACAAUUACGUGAUGCAAUAGCACUAGGAGAGAAGAUUCGAGCUGGAGAAAUCGACCUUUCUGGCUUGGACGAGACGAGUUUACGAUGCAGAGGCAAGAACGAACGGAAAUAUGCUGAAACAACUGCUAGUGAAGCGAGUCCUCAGCAGGGGUUGGCUAAUGCAGGUCGAAAACGGACCAUAGGAGAGCUUGACCAUGCUGCCCAAUCGACAGCAACAAAGAGCAGGAAGACGGAGAAACGCCAAUCAGUGCUCACCUUUGGACAGGCUGAGACUUCAACAACCGGAGUCAGCACCUCGGACCUCGCGAAAGGGAACCGAAACUCAGCAAAGGCAAAUCAAGCCGAUGAGCAAGAGUUGAAUCGGACCCUAGCUCGUAUCCAUGCCCAUCCAUCACUGACGACGUAUCGAAAGAAGCUCUAUACAACUCUUCUUUCUGUCCCACGUGGGCGCUACACGACCUACGCCGCGAUCUCAGCAUAUCUCAAGUCUUCAGCCCGAGCGGUUGGCAACGGGAUGCGCAACAACCCGUUUGCUCCUGCCGUGCCAUGUCACCGCGUUUUAGCAGCAGAUGGGAGUAUUGGAGGAUUUCAAGGUGACUGGGGCAGGGAUGGGAAACAUGCGUCCAAAAAGGUUGAACUACUUCGGAGCGAGGGAGUUCGAUUCGAUGGUCGCGGCAAGGUCCUCGGCGAGCCAUUCCGGGAGUUUCAACAGUUGGAGCAUUUUGAGGACGGCAUUCCGCCCUAG